AUAAAAGGCACCCUCAUCUUCGUCUUCUCUGCUAACCGAUCCAUUUCCCCUCGAAGGAGAAGAUGUCUACGCUGACGUGUCCCGAUCCGUUGCCGUCGCCGGCGGAGGACUGCGAGCGGCUUCACAAGGCCUUCGAAGGAUGGGGCACUGACGAGGGAUCGAUCAUCUCCGUCCUCGCACAUCGUCCCGCCGCUCAUCGCAGCCAGAUCCGCCGUGUGUACGCUGAGAUCUACGGCGUGGACCUCCUCAAGCCCCUCGACAAGGAGCUCACCCGAGAUUUCGAGAGGGCGGUUCUACUGUGGGCGGUGGACUCGGCAGAGAGGGACGCCGUGCUCGCGAAUGAGGUCGUUCGGAAGUGGAGCCCCGAGAACCGGGUCUUGAUUGAGAUCGCGGUGGUGCGGACGGCGGAAGAGCUGCUCGCCGCGCGGAGGGCUUAUCAAAACCGAUUCAAGAGGUGCCUCGAGGAGGACGUCGCCGGCUCCACUCACGGUGAUUUCAGAAAGCUUCUUGUGCCGCUGGUGAGCACGUUCCGGUACGAGGGAGCUGAAGUGAACACAAGCCUAGCAAAGACAGAGGCUAAAUUACUGAAUCAGAAGAUAAAAGAUAACGACUACAGCCAUGAAGACGUCAUCAGGAUCCUCACAACGAGGAGCAAAAUGCAGCUGCUUGCAACCUUCGAUGACUACAACAACGCGUUUGGGAACCCAAUCAAUAAGGACUUGAAGUCUGAUCCAACGAAUCAGUUCCUCUUAGCUCUCCGAGCCAUAGUACGCUGCAUCACUUGCCCUCAGAGGUAUCUGGAGAAGGUGAUGCGUCUUUCAAUUAGUAAGAUGGGAACGGACGAGGGCGCCCUCACAAGGAUCAUCACGACUCGGGCGGAGGUAGACAUGCAGCAGAUAAAGGAGGAGUACUACAAGAGGAACAGUGUCAGGCUUGAGCAAGCCGUGAAGAAGGAUACAACUCGAGACUACGAGGACUUCCUUCUUGCUCUCGUCGGGCAAGUGGAUGCCUGAGCUAAGGCUCCCAGCUCUCUCUGUUCCGAUCAAACCAUUGAAAAACAUUCUCGAACCAACCGCGAGUUAAUCUACGACCUAACGGACGGAUGUCAUCGUUCCCUCGUAACCUACGAAUUCAGUUUAUUUCAAAUUCUACCCGUUGAACGGUUUGGCAAUAACACGAGCC